UUUGGUGUCACGUCAAAUGUCAAAUCAAGUUUGUCGCUGUUAGAUUGUCAACCAACUCAAUCGAAACUUAUUAUCCUUGGUCUUAUGUUGAAGACGUUGAGGUUAAAAAGUUGCAGUGAUAUCCUUUACUAAGAUACCACAUUGUCAAAUGUUUUCGUCUAUGAGAGCUGCUAUUAGAAGAGGAAUGUCGACAAGUGCAGCAAAAAAAAUAGAUCCAAUUCAAGAAGCAGCAUUAGAAGAAUCCUGCAUCUUAGUGAAUGACAAUGACAAAGUUGUUGGGAAAGCAAGCAAAUAUGACUGUCACAAAAUCGGUCCUGACGGUAACAUUCCUUUACAUCGAGCAUUUAGUGUUUUUAUAUUUAAUUCACAAAAUGAAAUUCUUCUUCAAAAAAGAUCGGAUGUUAAGGUUACAUUCCCCGGUUAUGUAACUAACGCAUGCUGCAGUCACCCUUUAUACAACGGAGAGGGUGAAACAGAAGAAAAGAAUGCUCAUGGUGUGAAACUAGCUGCUCAGAGAAGACUUCAACAUGAACUGGGAAUACCAAAGCAUGAAAUAGACUUGAAUGCUCUACAAUACUUGACUCGGAUACAUUACAAAUCAAUAGGUGAUGGCGUGUGGGGAGAACAUGAGAUUGACUAUAUAUUGUUCCUUCACAAAGAUUUGUCUCUGAAUCCUAAUCCCAAUGAAGUUAGCGAAGUUUGCUUUGUACCAAAAAGUGAGUUUGAUUCAUUUGUCAGCAAUCUCAAAGAUCCAUUGACUCCUUGGUUUAAGUUGGUGAUGAAAAACAGGCUGAAUUUAUGGUGGGAAAAUUUACACAACUUGACUCAGUUUUAUGACCACGAAAGAAUAAUGACAUUUAAGGACUAGUGAAAAAGAAGUCUUUUUGAGCUCACAAGUUCAACAAGCUCAUUGUCAGAAUAGCUUAUUUUUGGCUGUCUCUAUAACUUAAAUCUUAAAUAAUCUUUUUCAGCAAUUUAAAAUACUAGAAAUCAAUGGUAAUAUAAAUCAAUCCUAUCAAACAACAACCCUUAUGGAAAAGUGGGUUGGUUCCAGAUCUGGUUUUAUAUGAGUUAAUCUGGUCAGAACCGGAUGCCAGAUCUGGACUCAUUUCAGAUCUGUCCAGAUCUGGCACCCAUAUCUGUAUAUGAACGAAUAAUGAUUUUUAUUCAAUUUCAUGCAUAUAGCUUACCGUUUAUAAAAAAAAAAACGCAUUGUAUUUAAUAAUAAGCUAUCGAGUCUUACAGUAUUUUAUCAAGUCUAGGGCUCAAACUAACUGUAUAUAUUUCAUCACCUUUAUAGGUACUACAUUUGUAGUUACAGUGCCUUCUUAAUCACCAAUGUAAACUAAGCUGUAUUUUGUAUCCUAUUGUUAGUUACAGAUUGCUUAUUUUGAAAACAUAAUCCAAAUUGCUCAAAUAUAUUUUACUAUUUUUAUACACGUAAUAGACACAGGUGGGUUUUAUACUUUUAAAUCCACAUUUCCUUCUAGCAGCUCUUAAGACUUUGUCCUCAAACCUCAACCAAUAAUUUAAUUCAGGUUCAUUAAACAGCUAAUUUAGUUUAUUGACCAGUGAGAGUUUGUUUUAAAAACCUAUAACUUAAAAAGAAGCAGAGUUUUAAAAUCUCACUAAAUUUUUUAACUUAACUUAUUUAUAGGCCUAAUUUAAAAGAUAACUUAUUUCAUCAAACACAAUAUUAUAUAAUAAGACACUUAAGUUUGUUAAAGGCAAAUGUAUAUUUAGGGAAGAUAUUAUUUAAAUGUAAAUGUUGUAAGUAUUGAGUUGAUUUAGUAACGAUAUUUUGUUUUCACCUGAAGAGCUAUGUUAUAUGGCAUACAAUAUUCUAAAAAAUGUAAUCAUUGAAAUAGGUCUAUGUUUUGUGUUAAGUGUUAACAGUGGAAUACAUUAUUAUGCAC